AUGACCAAAUUUUAUCUUCAAUACAAGAACAACUCUCCAGUGCUUAUCGAUACAGCCCACGGAAGAGGACCACAAGGAACUCUACCUCUGAUUACUGUUUCUCAUUUGAUUUCAGCUUACAAGACUGCUGCCACUCCCCUCCUUGAUGCUAUUCCUGUUGACGAACUCACUCUUCAUUCUGAGGUGUAUGGUCCGGCCAUUGCUCGAUAUGGGCUUCUAACCUCUAUUCAACAUCCUUUUGGUUGCUACAACAAUCCACUGACUAUCAAAUCCAAGAAUGAUGUGAAUGUUGACCGUCCCUAUCAAAGACACUUUGUACAAAGUCGAGCUGACCAAAAAUUCAUCGACGCCAAUAAUUUGAAAUUGCGAAAACCAAAUGACGCUUUCAAGUAUUUGAUACAUCAUCUGGAAAGGAUUGUCAAUGUCUCGAGGUUUCCAAACAACGCCGUAUUUAACGACAAUUGCUUGGAACACCGUCUUGAUAGGAGAGUAACCAAUUAUCAAAUUGACAAUGUUGAUAAUAUCAAACUUUUUUUUGCUGUUUCUGGUGCAGGAAAAACAAGGAUGUUUCUAGAGUUGCUUUAUUCAAACUUUGGGUACUACUUUGCUUGCAAGAGCUCUCAAGAUGACUUUGGUUCUAAAGACAUGUAUCAAUGCCUGGUGUAUUGCGAGAAUAACUAUCAGCCUGAACUCACUAAGCAUGCUAUCCAACUGUUGUAUUUCGUUCGGGUUUCUGUUUGCAACUACUUGAUAAGCAAGGGAUUCAAGGAACCUUGA